UUCCUCUUUCUAGAUCAGUCAAGCGAGGAAUUAGCACCGCAAAUAUGGAUACUGAUCUGAGUUCAUCAGGACUCAACACUGUAAACAAUGAAGCAAAACAGGAAACUUCAUUGACUGACCGUCACUCUGUGGGCCGAAUACAACCCUCUGAGGACGUCCUACAAACUACUGAAAUAUCGUCAGAACCUGAAAUAGUGGUCCUUGAACCCAAAAUAAGAGGAAAUGAUCAAGAUAUAUCAAAUAAAAAGGACAGUUUUUUGAUUGACAAAUUAUUUCAUAGGAUCCGAGACGCUGUUUCAGAAUAUAAAAAACUAAUAAAACAAAUUGUAUGGAGCCUUUUACUGCUACUUUACCUAGCGUAUGUUGUCUACUCCCUCAGUUUCCGGUUUGGAGAUGAAGGGGCUUGGAGACUACUGAUUUGUACCAUAUUAUUAGUGGUUUAUCUCGGCUGGGGGAUCAUCAAAACGUUAUCCAUGUACCAGUCAUUUAAAAAUUCUCUUGGAUCGAAGAAUCCCGAAAAUAUUACAAAGGUGAAGAAACUUAUACGAUGGGCGUUAUACUUUGUGGUGCUGGCGCUCAUUGCUGUCUACUUAGGACUGACAGUAGUACAGACGAGACCUCGAAAUCUCAUCUCCUGCGGUGGCAUGUUCGUCUUUAUCUUCAUCCUCUUCCUCAUGUCAAAUAGCAAGGCAAAUAUAAAAUGGCACACAGUGUUUUGGGGAUUGUCCCUCCAGUUCGGCUUCGCUCUGGUCAUCCUCCGGACAGAAUGGGGUAUCGGCGCUGUGCGCUGGGUAACCGACAGGUUUAUGGAAUUCAUAGCUUUCUUCGACAAUGGCUCAGCUUUCGUUUUCAGUGAAAAGUACAAAGAAUUUAAAGUUAUAUUCAAGGUCGUUCCGUCAGUGAUCGUGUUUUGUGCCGUUAUUGGUGGAUUGUCGUAUAUAGGCGUUUUGGCCUUCAUCGUUUCAAACUUCGGCGGUUUCCUUGGUUACUGUCUACAAACCAAUCCAGUGGAGUCAAUCAACGCAGCAAUCAAUAUCUUUUUGAGUGGUACAGAAUCCUUGAUGUUCAUCAGUGAGUAUAUAGACACAUUGUCAACGUCCCAUCUCUUCUGUGUCUACACAAACGGAGUGUCUUCUAUAGCUGGCAUCGCCCUGAUCGUGUUCUCUAAUUUCGGAAUACCUAUUGAAUACCUAAUGACGGCCUCCAUCAUGUCUGCUCCAGCCGCCCUGGUUGCAUCGAAAAUUAUUUAUCCGUCUGAGAUGAGCGAAGACGAAGACAAAAGAUAUACCGUUGGGACCAAGGCUGGUCCAAAGAGUCUGGCGGGGGCCUUGACGACAGGUGGGUUGCAGGGCCUACAGAUCGUAAAGAAAGUCCUCAUCAACCUGCUUAUUUACAUAUCACUCUUCGCCUUUGUAAAUGCGGCUAUCACGUGGUUUGGAGAUAGAGCGGGAGUGGAGAGUCUCACACUAGGGAAAAUAUUUUCCUAUGUAUUUUGGCCUCUAGCGUUUAUCAUGGGAAUCGAUGCUGUAGACUGUCUGAAAGUGGCAGAAAUGUUUGGAGUACGCAUGUUUGCCACACUCUUCCUCAGUUACAUACAGUUAGCAAAAUAUUUCAAAAACAAGGACAAGUACAACGAAUACACGGCAUUAUACAACAACACAGUGCUGGCCUCUAGCGGCGAUAUAUUUCUUCCCAACUGGAACACAACAUUAGAAAAUGGAAUUCUUACGGACCGCUCGGAGCUGAUCACAACCUAUGGUAUGUGUGGGUUUGCCAGUAUCCCUUCAGUUGUGAUUUUACUUUCAUCAUUUGCAACCAUUGCCCCCAAUCGACAUAGCGAACUAACCAAGAUGACCAUAAGAGCACUGACAGCUGGAACUCUUGCUACCUUUCUUACUGGGAAUACUGUUUGCCUGAAGUAUCCCGACCGAUUCGUCCAUGGUUAAACAGUGGUGUAUUAUACAUGUUACAAAAAUAAAGAUCAAUAUCAAUUACUCUUUCUGAUCCGUGCAGUUUAAUUCAUCAAAGAGGCAACAUAACUGAAAAUUGUUAAAACAAAACAUAAUAUGAUAAAAAAUAUUGAUUUGUAUGCAGACCAUAAAAAAAUGGAAUAAGACCAUGUGUUCGGGCAGGGUAAGCAUCGUCCGCUAAAUCAACGACGCCGGUCAUUCAAAUAUAUGUCAAAUCUGAGUUAAGUGGGCAAAAAGAAGAUUUAGUAUGGUGACAACGGAACUGUCAGACAUAUUUACAAGCAUCGCACACGUCGGACUCCAUAUCUUACAUAUGAGCAUUGAAGAUUAAUAGAAUAUUUCCAAAAGACAUCGCGAUGUCGGCCAGAAAACGUUCAGAUGGUUUUCAUCGACCUACAUCUCUAGUAACUUGGAUUGUUAAUUUUCCGUCAGUAGUCUACAAUUAUCUGUCACUCAAAACGUGAUGAUGGGAACAAACCCUUGAAUAUUAAAUCAAAUGGGACGCGUAAGAAUCGUAGGUAGGAAAAGUAUGGAUGUUGCUAUUUAGAAAUGGGAAAUUUAAAUAAUCACAUUUAUCGUGCAGAUUAGUUGUGAGCUUCCCCUGCUGAUUACGCUGUCAGCAAAGAUCAAGGUAAUCGACUGACGUUAGACAAGAUCAAUACAGAUUUUAUUCAAAUUUAAAACAUUCAUCAGUAGAUAAAUACGUGAAAUUUAAGAGAUUUGCAAGAUCUCUGUUACCAACUCUAAUAUUUUUUUUCAAAAUAAUCAGCCUGAUAUGAAAAAACAAACACAAAAACAAGCCAGUCAACAGAUGAGCACAGUUUGCUCCCAAUGAAUAUGCCAAUAGUGUGUAAGAAGAUCUGGUCGACAACUCAACUAAGAUAUUGUCGAUCAAGAGUCCAAUCAUUCUAGUUUCAUAUAGUCGUGUGUUUAACGAAAUAGUAUAUUUCACAAAUAUGUACUUAAAUAGCCAUUCGUUUUCCUUGGAAUAGUAAACUGUCACCACAAGAUAACAAAUGUGUUAUUUAGGUUGAUAGGGUGAUAAUGUAAACAUUGACAAAAUCAAACGAUGUCAUUUUUUAUUAUAAUAAACCUUAAAAAAUCUGAUUCUCUGUGUGCGUUCAGCAAGGUCUUCCUAUCAUCUACAGAUCACGUCACCCCUGUCGGGACCACGCCUUGUGUAUUAGAUGUAUUACCAAUGGGCCACUGCUUACAGGACAAAAUGUCACUGGAAAGUAAUUUAUGUGACAGAGCAACAUAGUUGAACUGGCACUUUUAGUCAAAUGAAAAAAAAUGAAAUAAAAUCUGCCAAAACAAAAAAACAGUUAAUGGGUCAUUUCACUAUUCCCCGCCCACGAACCAUUAAGUAUUUUCUGUCGUAUGUCCAAGAAACAUCAAUCAAAUUCUCCAUGUACAUUGCAAUUACAUCCCUAGCUACGUUCGUCUACAAGUCAGGCAUUCUCUGUUUCUGAACUGUAAAUAUUAAAUUUUGUAAUUUUGCUACAAAUUAACACCUGCUUAUGAAUAUUAAAAUAAAAAUAGGAGGUGACGGAAUGAAGUGAAAAUUAGUUUUAUGUCAAGAAAUAUUUUCCAAAAUUCGAGGAAAAUAUAAAAUAUCAAAACUUAUGAUUGAUGCUUCUUUUAUUUCUUAGAAACCACCGAGUUUUUCUCCAGAAAACCAUAACGAACGAUCGCAUGCAGCAUAUCGUUUUUAAAUGUGGCGACGGAAUUGUGGUAUUACCGAGAAAAUUAAUCUUAAGCGAAAACCAAUCCAUAUAAGAAAAAACAAAAACAAUUUUGUUAAAUAUUUACAUUGAUAGUAUUUUAAAUCAACAGCACUUGUUUAUUUCUCAAUAGCGUAGUUUAGACGACAGUGACUUAGUGUAAAUUAUAUAUUUACACGAAAAUAUGAGUGUAGGAAUCGUUUAUGUAAAACUUUGAUAACUUACUGUGCAACUCAUGUAAGUCUGCCGCUCGAACGAACAAGGGAUUGUAUUUCAAUGAAACAAUAAGGUACGUCUGAUUUUCUAAUCUGUUUAAAAAUCCCCUUCGAAAGUAAAAUGUUUUGUGGCAAUAUUUGCUAAUAAACACAGGUAUCUACAUUUGUGUAUGACACAUUAUAAGCAGAACCAGUGGUCGAGUGAAAUGUGGGAGAUAUUCACCGCAAUAGUGUGUCAUAAAUACAGACGUUUUCACGUACAAUACAUCGGCUACUAAGUGGGUAUUACUACCUUAUUUUAUAAAUAGAAUUUCGAAUGUUCACUUGGCUACACAGCGUGUAUAGCACUCGUUGCUCCUCUCCAAGCAGUACUUUGCACACGGGAGGUGUUCAUCUUCCAGUGUGUGGAUUAAACAUUUGUAAAACACUUUACAUUCCUCAAAGUAUCGUCUGAAAUCGAAGCAAAUCAGUUAUAUAUAGUUUUUUUUAUUUGAUAUGAAAUAUAUAAAAAUAUCAACAAAUGCAUCAAUUAUGUAUUACAUUUUACUGUCUUUCAUUGUCUACUUUUAAUUUUAGUAUGUUGAUCAAGCUUGUUUUAAUAUAUUGUUUUAGAUAAGGGAAGGUGUUUUUUGUUGUUUUUUCCCCCAUUUUAUUCGGUAAGAUGUAUUUAAAACAAAAUUACAUGUAUUCCGGUCGAAUUAGUUAUUAGAUAUUUUAAUUCGUUCUUCGUACGCAAAUACAGAGAUUUUUUGCUUAGCUGUAUAGAUUGAAUUGCUUAUCUGUUAAACUUAAUUAAGACUUUCAAUAUCUCAUAUAUCGCAAUAUCUGCAUUACGUAAUAGCUUGUGAUAUUUGAUAUUUACAAAGUAUAUGUAUUACUAAAGAAAGAUUUGUAAUAUUUAAUAAAUUCUUAUAUCUUAAAUACUAUCUAAUAAUUUGAAAUAUUUGUCAUUCUUGAUACUAAUUUGUAAUACUUGAUAAUCCGAAAAGUUGAAAUUUUUGACAUAUGUAAAAAUUACCUUUGUUUCUAGCGCACUUCAUUUCACAAUAAGAUAUUCUAAUACCUGUAUCACUGAUUUUUUUUUUUUUUUGUCUUUCAUUAUAUGAAAAUACGUAUAAUUGUGUUCGUUACCAUACCGUUUAUUUUUAGAAAAUCACAAUAAAAUAUGUUGUUAAUCUGAUAUAUCAAACAUGUAUAUGUAUGAGUGUACAGUUCUUACCUACAAUGGGCCCAACAUUCGUGCAUCAGAUCUUUACCGACGACUGAUUCACUAGUAGCUUCAGUAGUACUACUAGUACUAACACACACUAAAACAGCAACUAACAGGGACAGUUUUAUCGCAGUGUUCGUCAUUCUGGAUAUAAAAACCCAUAAUACAUAUUAGUUCAAAUGAGACAAAGAAGGAAAAACAAACAAUAGACCAAACAAAAUGUUAUGAACAAACAAUAACGCUUGUACACCGCAUAGAUUGUUGUUUCCGAUUUUCUGAGUAAUAAAAAAGGCUGGUUAUAUAGAAUCUUUAAAGAGUAGACUCUAUGUAGAAUUUGAAUCGGCAAGACAUUAUAGCAUUAGGACUAGUCGGUCAUUGCAUUUAUGAGUCUAUAUUUUCUGGUCACUUAAUUAGUGUAAUGAACAUUUUAUCAUGACGACCAUUGUAAUACCAUACAUUUAACAGGUUAGGUAUCAAUAAAAACUAAAUCAGCUACAA